AUGUUUGUUUUACAAAUGAUUUACUUGUUCAUUUAUAUGAAGUCUGUUUCAUGCACAGAGAUAUACGAAGACGUGGGGGCAUUUGGACACGUCGAUAUUUUCGUGACUAAGGCUCCAGUUGAUUAUUAUAGAGGCGCUUACGAAGACCAAGUAUCUUCUCCAGUUUUUAUUCAACAUGGACUCCAAGUGAGAGAGGAGGUAUCCUGCUUCCGACUCGACGACGUUUCGAGUCUACCUAUCGGGUCUGUGUAUUCCUGGGUUACAAAGUUCAUGCAUCCCAUUGCGCAAAAGUCAAUGCGUCCCUUGUCGACGGGAGAAUUGGAAAUAAUAAAUGCAACAUUGGAAGAUAGUGGAUUUUACAGAUGUGUAGUCACAUCUUCUAUGGCAACUAUCCGAUUGAUUUUUAAUCGUCCAAUAGUUGUUUAUGACUUACCACAAUUUUUCUUUACACGAGACAUCGUUUUUAGAAUACCGCGACGCGAUAAAAUGCUAGCGAGACAAGUUUUUAAAAUGGUUUUGGAAAGUUUUUGUAAAGGGCUGACACGAGGCUGUCUGUACACUUUUACAGAUAUGGGAUUUCAAGCAUCAGGAUCUUUCUACAAUUACAAAAUAGAAAUGAAACAGCUGCCAGACAACAAGUACAAACAGCCAAAAUGCGAUCCUGCCUGUAUAAGAACUAGUGCUGAAAACUACAUGUUGGCAAAUGACGUGAGGGAAAAAGAUUUUUCAAAUUUUGAAUUUAGACAGAUGUAUCGUAUAAAGAAAUUAACUAAAUUUGUCUUUGUGCCGGGCGAAAACCACUCCAAAUAUCAUCAAUGGUGUAAAGACGGUUUUUUUUUAUGGAGAGAUGAAAUAUGCCUUCCUUGCUCCCCAGGUUACUACGGUUAUUAUGGAAGUUGUUGGAAAUGCGGAUAUUUUCAAUAUCAAGUCCAUUUUGCUUCGAAAAGGUGCAACCUGUGCCCAAAGUUGGGCUUUUCUUUCAAAAGAGGAAAAUCAGAUCCAGAUGAAUGCGUGCCUUUUCAAAGUAAUCGUGUCAUGCAAUUCGCAAUGCUUUUUGCUGGAAUAGCAUCGUCAAUGGGAUGUUAUGUGUGCGCUCUGCAUUGUGGCCUUCUUCCUUGUAUAUACAAACCACCAAAAAACGGCGGAAAACCUACAAAAAAAGACGCACAUUAUUUGAAAGUUCUUGACAAGCAUCGACAAAAAGCUCAACAAAUAAAAAGGCUUUUAACGAGAGCCAAACAAAUAGAAAAAGAAAUGAUAGGCGUAUACUCAAAAAAGAAAGUCCAGAUAUCAAAGCAAAACGAAAUGCUUGAGGUCAUUAGGUUAAACAGGCAACAGCAAAUGUGGAACAAAAAUAGAUCUAAGAUGGGAUCGCCUAUGAUGUAUGGACCACCAGGAUUUAUGGGAGGACCACCUAUGAAACCAUUCAUGGAGGGUUCACCAGGAAUUAUAGGACCUCCUAUGAUGGGUCCUCCAGGAGUAGAUGGAUUUCCCAUGACGGGACCACCUAUGAUGGUACCGCCAGGAAUAAUGGGACCACCAGCAAGUAUGGGAGCACCAAUGAUGGGGCCGCCAGCAAUAAUGGGCCCACCUUUAAUGGGACCGCCAGAUAUGGUGGGAUUGCCUACGAGUCCACCAUAA